AUGUGGGCAACGUUCGACAACCCUCCUUCUCUCCCGGAUGAUGACCGUCUCGUUGGCUCCGUUCCGCUGAUCUUCGUUGAUCCACGUGAUCUUCAGAAGCGAAGCCUGCCACGUAAUAUAUGGUGGUUUGGCAGGAUCUUUAUGCUAGCCAUUGGAUGGUUUCAGGCUCUGAUGACGUCCAUUCUCUACUUCCGUCGAGUCAGUAAAACUGCUUGCGCGCACCUUGAUAUAAUCAAUGGCACAUUGGCUUGCGGAUCAUUUGUCGUUCAGUCCUUUUCUCUUUUUAUCACGCGAAAGAACAUCAAAUGGGAAGUUGAUCCCCGAGCACGAUCGCUUCGCCAUCGGACGUAUGAUACGGGUACUUCUUAUUCAGGCCCUGUUAGCUGGCCAGCAAGAAACCAGCGUGAAGAUGAGAGGGGUGUAAUGAGAGCGACCUCGUCUGAACAAGGUAGACACAUUCUGCGACAACGCCGAGUGCUUCGGUCCUCGCCGGUGGCCGAGACUGUGCACGAGAGACGCAUUCUUGACACAACCGGUCUCCUCGGCUGGGGCAAUCCCAACCAAAACGCUCUUGAGUACAGUGUGGAGACUGAUUUGUUAAACGAACUGAUGAUUGCUCUUGGAAUCUCGACGCCUUUCAGUCCAGGGUUUUGGACCUUUCUGACCGGCGCAGUAGGAUGUGUCAUAAGCAAGCCCGAGCCGUGCCCGGGACUGCUAGUUUAUACGGUGUUCGCGUUGCUGCUCAUUAUUCCCCCUAUUAUCCAUCUGGUUUGCUAUCUUUUCCUAGAGUUCAUGCGACGAAAGUCAGCUCUUCUUUCGCUCAAAAAAUCAGCUCAAAACUGGAUUGAAUUAGGGUAUGGUACCUGGUGGCUCUGGUUUGUGGUCUUAAUUCUUUUGCCAGCUUCAUAUUCCGCCCUUCUUGCGUAUAAGGAAUACGGCAGAGCCAGGAGUCCGGUGGGUUUGGAUUGGGGCCUCAUUUCGGAGCCCUCGCUACCACCAUGCAACAGGACAUUCUGGAAAGAUCCGCUGGCGGAAAUUCUCUUUGUGUUCUAA